UCCUGUCUAGUAUUGGUAUCGUCUACGUUAUUUCUGUUGUGUCUUGUGACAUUGUUUGUGUGCUUAGUAUGGCAGAUUUUGCUGAUGUUACCCACGAUGUUGUGUCCCUCCUCUCUUCUCCCCAAAGGGACUUUCUUCUCAGAAACAACGGCGAUCAGAUUAAAAUUGACAGCUUGAAGGGAAAGCAACUUGGUUUAUAUUUUUCGGCAUCCUGGUGUGGUCCAUGUCGAAGGUUCAGUCCAACUUUGGUGGAGGUGUACAAUGAGGUUGCACCAAAAGGUGACUUUGAGGUCAUUUUUGUCACAGCUGAUGAAGAUGAUGAAUCCUUUAGCAGUUACUUUUCCAAGAUGCCAUGGCUUGCAAUCCCAUUUUCUGAUUCAGAGACUCGCAGUCGCCUUGAGGAAUUGUUUCAUGUGAGGGGGAUUCCUCAUCUUGCAUUACUUGAUGGCACUGGGAAAGUUGUCACUGAAGAUGGAGUUGACAUCAUAAGCGAAUUUGGUGUUGAAGGGUACCCCUUUACAUCAACAAGGAUCCAAGAGCUGAGAGAUCAAGAAGAGGAAUCUAGGAGGAACCAGUCUGUGAGAACUCUCUUGGUCUCUCGCUCUCCAUCUCGUGACUUUGUUAUAUCACCCGAUGGGAAAAAAAUACUUGUCUCUGAGCUUGAGGGCAAGACAGUUGGUCUGUAUUUCUGUAUGAAUUUAUACGGAUCAUGUAGUGACUUCACUCCACGGCUCGUGGAGGUUUAUAACAAGCUUAAGGCCAAGGGGGAGAACUUUGAGGUUGUGUUGAUUUCCCUAGAGGAAGAUGAAGAAUCAUUCAAGGAAGGAUUUGAAAGUGCACCUUGGUUAUCCUUGCCUUUCAAGGACAAAAUCUGUGGGAAGCUGGCUCGGUUCUUUGAGCUUUCAACCCUCCCCACAUUGGUUAUUAUUGGUCCAGAUGGGAAAACCCUUCAUCCUAAUGUUGCUGAAGCUAUUGAGGAUCAUGGUAUUGAUGCAUACCCAUUCACUCCUGAAAAGUUUGCUGAGCUUGAUGGAAUAAUGAAGGCCAAGGAGGCAUCUCAAACCCUUGAGUCAAUUUUGGUGUCUGGGGAUCAAGAUUAUGUCAUUGGGAAAGAUGGGGUGAAGAUUCCAGUGUCAGAAUUGAAGGGGAAGGUCGUCCUCCUCUACUUCUCAGCUCACUGGUGUCCACCAUGCCGCGCAUUUCUUCCAAAACUUAUUGAUGCAUACCAUAAGAUCAAGGCAAAGCAGAAUGCAUUAGAAGUGGUUUUCAUCUCAAGCGACAAAGAUCAAGCCUCCUUUGAUGCAUUCUUUGCAGGAAUGCCAUGGUUGGCACUUCCCUUCGGCGACUCGAGGAAGAAAUUCCUGAGCCGCAAAUUCAGGGUAUCUGGCAUCCCCAUGCUUGUGGCCAUUGGAUCAAGUGGCCAGACUCUCACGAAAGAAGCUCGGGAUCUGGUUUCGCUCUAUGGCGCAGAUGCUUAUCCUUUCACUGAGGAGAGAAUAAAAGAAAUUGAGGCAGAACAAGAAGAGACUGUAAAAGGGUGGCCUGAGAAGGUGACAAAUGAAACACAUGAGCAUGAGCUUGCGUUGACACGCCGCAGGAUCUAUUUCUGCGAUGGUUGCAACAAAGAGGGGCAUGCAUGGUCGUACUACUGUGGAGAGUGUGACUUUGAUCUGCAUCCAAAAUGUGCAUUGGAGGACAAAGAUGAUGCCAAGGAAGAAGACAAGUCCAAAGAUGGAUGGGUUUGUGAUGGAGAAGUAUGCACUAAAAAAGCCUGAAAGCUGCAUGUGAUGGCAGUUACAAGUUGUUUUCUAAUGUUGCAUACUUGUGAAUUGUGAUGGCCCUUCCUAAUGUAUGUUUUGUGAGUUGUUCAGAAUAAUUUGAACAUUUGGAUGUUGUAUUGUGUGAUGUUAAUUAUGGUGGUAUUUAAUAUAUGGUAUUAUGGUUUACUCUUA